UACCAGAUAUCAAAUCAUUAUUUUGACCAGGAAAUAAAUACAAUGCAUAAAUUAUGUAAUUUUGCAGCAUAUAACCUAAAAUAUAUUGUUUUAAUGUUUUUUCCUUUACCCAACAGAUAUGACGAUUUUUGAAUGGUGCAUGCAUAAGUUAUGCACGCUUUAUAAUGUUUGUUUUAUUAAGCCUAAACUGAGCCUAGCCAUCGUGAUUCAUCUCUCUCCCUCUCUUCCCUAUGGAGAACUCUGAACUUGUGGGUUUGGCUUGUGUGGAUGAAUGCAAUUCAGUCGCGAGCGUCAGAGACGGUUGAGCUCCACAGCCCACCUCACCUGAACCUCAACCUUUCCUUCAGGAAAACACAUUGAUUGAAAAAGGAAACAGAAGAACAUGUACUUGUUUAUUGUAUGUCAAUUUAUAAAUAUAGCUACAUAACAUUUCUAAAGAUCUCUGUUUAACUGAUGGUGAUGUAUCCUGAGGCGCACGACGUAUUGUUGGAGACGGCGAGGUGAAAACGCUGCCUGGGAAUCGAUUGUCAAACCUAAGGGCAGCUUGGUCUUUCUCUAAAAUCUGACAUGGCCAUGUCAUAAAUGGAUUCCCUCAGCUUAAUCAAUGGCUCCUCUGGGAGCAAAGAGCUGGCCAUCGGGGAGGAUUCAUCCGACUUGACUCUGAAUCAUCCGCUGUUGGAGUUGGGAGACAGCACCAAGUUUCUUGGGGUGCAGGUGGUCCUGAUCUUGGCAUACUCUACCAUCAUCCUUUUGGGCGUUGUGGGGAACUCCCUGGUGAUUUAUGUGGUUUACAAAUUUAAGACACUCCGUACCGUCACCAACUUCUUCAUUGCAAACCUAGCCGUGGCCGAUCUGCUCGUUAACACAUUGUGUCUCCCGUUCACGCUGGCUUACACUCUCCUCAGGGAAUGGAAGUUUGGACAAGUGCUUUGUUUCACUCUGCCAUACGCUCAAGGUCUCGCCGUCCACGUCUCUACAAUUACAUUAAACGUAAUUGCAUUGGAUCGGCAUAGAUGCAUCGUUUAUCACCUAGACACUCGAAUGUCAAAGGACACCUGCUUUCUGGUCAUUGCCAUCACCUGGGUGGUAAGCGCCGUUCUGGCAAGCCCACUGGCCAUAUUCAGGGAGUAUGGAAUCGUAGAUCUUUCUCCAGAUAACUCCAUUGAGGUUUGUGGAGAGAAGUGGCCUGACAGUAGUACAGACAGCACUCUAUACUCAAUCUCCACGCUGCUGCUGCAAUAUGUGUUGCCUCUAGCAAUCAUCUCUUUUGCCUACAUCCGUAUCUGGAGUAAACUCCGCAAUCACGUCAGCCCAGUUGGUCGCAAUGACAGGCAUCAGCGCCGCCGCAAGACCACCAAGAUGCUGGUUACCAUGGUCGUGGUGUUUGCGGUCAGCUGGUUGCCUUUCCACGCCUUCCAGCUCGCCAUUGACAUUGACCACAACGUGUUGGACAUGAAGGACUUCAGGCUUCUUUACACUGUUUUCCACAUUGUGGCCAUGUGCUCAACGUUUGCCAACCCACUGGUGUAUGGUUGGAUGAACCGGAACUACCGCAGCGCCUUUGUUGCGGUCUUCAGUUGCAAGAAACGGCUUGAUUUGUUGAACGCCGAGGGCCAGGCUGCCACAGCGGUUCGCAGCAAACCCAAAAAGGCUUUAGAAGCUCAAGAUAUAGUAACGACACAUCUCAAUGCAACAGAUGUCUGAGGUGAGCAUACUGAAAGGAUUCCUAAUGCCAGUUCAAAACUAUGGAGGAUUUAUUGUAGCGGGAACUUCCUGGUGAUUUGUGUGGUUUCCAAAUUUAAGACACUUCAUACCAUCACCGAUUUCUUCAUGGCACACCUUGCCAUGUCCGAUCUGCUUGUCAUCAAGGUGUGUCUCCCAUCUAUGCUGGCGUAGACUCUACUGUGGGAAAGGAGUUUGGAAGUGCUUUGCCUCACUCUCAAGGUCUUGCUGUCUAUGUCCCUGUGUUAAAUGAAAUUGUGCUGGUGGCAACUUCACAACAACAUGACCUAGCUAAAUUCUAUGUUGUGAACUUAAUGUUUGGAAGAUAAUCUGAUCAUCUUCUUCAAUUCGUCAUCUUCAACAAGAUGUGCAUGUUGGCUGAAUAUACUUACAUUUGAAGCAGGAACAUUUUCACAAAUAUUUCUGGAUCUUGCUGUGCAAAAUGCCUCUCCAUCUGUAGGAAAGAUGACUGUAUACAGUUUUGUUCAUCAUAGAAGAAGGUUCUUCAUCAUGAAAAAGUUUCAGAUGUUACCAUACGACAAAUUUGUGCUUUCUAAUCUUUAAGCAGCCAUCAUCUUGUGUGAACGUACAGGCGGGUCGUGCACUCAAAUGGCUCUGGAAAGUGUUAACAGCAAAUUGCUUCUCCUUUCAUCUGAAAGUAAUUUGCACAGAGGAACAGUGUGGUGGCACAGACUAACAACGGCAUGAAGACAGGGAGGUGUUUCUACCCCUGCGGUAUGAAUGUUUCAACACAAAGAUCUGUAUUAUCUCCUCCAUUAAACCUUGCGGGAUGUUCUGUCAGUUCAAUACUUUGAAAAUAUUAUGAAUGUAUUUCAUCUAAAAUACAUAACAAAGAAUUUUAUUUUAUCGUUGACAGGACUUGACGGAUCAAAGUGGAUUGUUCACUUGCUGUGGUUCACUUUUUAUAAACUUAACCCUUGUAAUGGGUUGGCAUGUGCAAAUAUGACAACAUACUGUAGAUGUGUACGUGAAAAAAGAAAAAGAUAAAAACAGUAAUGUAAAUGUGCUUUCUACUGUAUAUUGUUGUCAUCUGUAAAGCUGUCACAUUUGCAAUCAACAUGCCAGAUGAAUGUAAUUUCAAGAAAAAUCAGUAUUCUUCUAUGUAAGAAAAAUACCUGACACACAUGAUGUACAUAUAUAUAUCACACAGAGUAAUUCAUCUGCCUUUGAAAAUGUCACUUGUAGAAUUACUGAAUGAUGACAUGAAAACAUCCACUUAUUCCCCCAUGUUCUCCAAUUUCCUGAAGGAAAAUCGAAAGCUGCUUUAAAAAGCGAUGACUCACACAAGUUAUGGGUUUGCUGAUGUAUUUCUGUUGACAUGGAAGGUAUAUACCUGUCCACUGUAGAACUAAAUGUCUCCUUUUAACUUAAAUUGUCUGCAGGAAAUGAGAAAGCCACGUUUAAUUAGUACUAUGGGCUUCUGUGUGGAUCCUGCUUGAAUUUAGGAUGAGAAUUGAGAAUUGUUUGUAAAAUAUAACUGCAUUCAACUGCGCUAGUGUUGUUUUUGUUAAAGGAAUAUUCUGGAUUCAGUACAUGUUCUCUCUUGCGACAGAGAAUCAUUUUGACCAGUUCUUCAGCAUAUAAAAACAAACAAUAAUACAUUAAUGAUGGAAGUCUAAAAGGCAUUAUAUGGCAUAAAUGUUGAAAAGCACUGUGUAUAUUCUUAUGAAAAUCAUGUAAAGGCCAGUAACAGGAUAUGCACCAGAAAGGGACUGUUUAUUUGAAGAGUCACUCACAGGAAUUACAUCUGUAAUGCAUAACCAGAAAUUCAUCCGCAGAGAAAAAUAGUUCCGUUGCUAGGACACAAAGUUUUGCACUAAAGCGCAUUUCCAUUUUUACACCCCUUUGAAAUUACAUUAAAGUGCAUUUGUUUAUUGCAAAAAGCAAUUUGUCCACUACACAGAAUGCAAAAUCGCAGCUAGAACGUAUCUGAGCAAGAUUUUUGACCAGUUCACGGUGGGCAGGGCUGACAGCAUGGCACCAGCAUGACUGUAUUAUUUAUUUAGAAAUUAUUGUCUGUGGCAACAGCCUGCAGAUACUGAAACUUGUUUUAACAAGGGAAAGAUGAGUGAGUCAGAAUUCCAAAUAGUCAAGUGGUGCCUAAUUAUUUAGUUGACUUUUUAUUUUAUUUUCCACAUGUAGCACAAACACACAGCCAACAAAAUCACCAGUCCAGUUUUGCUUCAGGGAUCUCAGUUCACACAUCAAAACCUGUUUGUCUGUGUGAAGGUCUUACAAAAACAGCCACCAGCCCUUUAUAGUUUUUAAUUAUUAUAUUUACAUGAGCGUGAAUGCUUUUACCUGGCACAUUUUGAGAAAACACUGAAAACAGACUUUCACUCUGCAAACCAUUUACAAUGUAACAUACAGUACUUUUGAACAUGUAUAUUUGUGGGUCUGUUUUUGUGAAAUGUUGUUUGUAUUAACAGAUGUGUUUACAUUUAAAAACAUUAUGUACCAAAACUUUGGUUGAUACUGACCAAAUUGUGCUGUGAUAUGUUAAAAUUAUUUUUUAAUGUAUAAUUCACAUUUUAUUUAUAUAUAUAUUUGCGAUAUAGAGGAUGAAAAACGAAGAUAAUGGCUCAAAGGGUCUUUGUAAAUAAACUUAUUUGAAUUCAAUCUCACAAUAAAAUUGAAGCUAGCUGUUUAACUAUUGCUGAUUGUCCUUAUCUCAGGAUUUUGUUUUCACACGGUGCUUUAGAUGACCGUUCAUGCCAUUCUAAUAUACACAGACAUCAAGCAAUCCCUCUCUAAGCCACUCUUCCGGCGAUUUGCAUG